AUGCUCAUCAUCUCGUCUCGCAGUGCGCUGCUGUCCGUCUACUAUCCACAGAUCUUCUUCAUCCUCACCAGCGGUAGCUACCUGACACUGUCCUCUGUGGUAGCUCUGGGUGCAAACAUCAUCUGCAACAAGAUACCGGGGCUGGCACCCCGUCAGAGAGCCCUCUGCCAGAGUCGCCCCGAUGCUAUCAUUGUCAUCGGUGAAGGGGCACAACUGGGCAUCAAUGAGUGUCAAUACCAGUUCCGCUACGGCCGGUGGAACUGCUCAGCCCUGGGUGAAAGGACAGUCUUCGGACAAGAGCUGAGAGUAGGGAGUAGGGAGGCAGCAUUCACAUAUGCCAUCACUGCAGCCGGAGUUGCCCACGCAGUGACUGCAGCUUGUAGCCAAGGCAACUUGAGCCAUUGCGGCUGUGACCGGGACAAGCAGGGCUACCAUGAUCACGAGGAAGGCUGGACGUGGGGUGGCUGCUCUGCUGAUGUGAAGUACGGUGUGGAGUUCUCCCGGCGAUUUGUGGACGCCCGUGAGAUAAAGAAAAAUGCCCGCCGGCUGAUGAACCUGCACAACAACGAGGCAGGGCGAAAGAUCCUCGAGGAGAGGAUGAAGCUGGAGUGUAAGUGUCAUGGUGUGUCGGGCUCCUGUACCACCAAGACCUGCUGGACCACCCUGCCCAAAUUCAGAGAGGUUGGUUACCUGCUGAAGGAACGUUAUGGUGAAGCAGUUCAAGUGGAGCCGGUUCGGGCCUCGCGGCUCCGUCAGCCUUCCUUCCUGCGUCUCAAAGAGGCUCGGGGCUACCAGAAGCCCACGGACACAGACCUGGUGUACCUGGAGCGCUCGCCCAACUACUGCGAGGAAGACAAAGCCACAGGUAGCACAGGGACGCGGGGCAGACUGUGCAACGGCACCUCUCCCCAUACGGACGGCUGCAACCAGAUGUGCUGCGGCCGUGGUCACAACACCCACCAGUAUACGCGUGUUUGGCAGUGUAACUGCAAGUUCCAGUGGUGUUGCUUUGUCAAGUGCAACACAUGCAGCGAGAAAUCAGAGGUGUUCACUUGCAAGUAGGGGACGAAGAAGUGGGGCACUGAGGGAGGUUGGGGAAAAGGGACAAGGGACAAUGGUAAGGCCAUGAGAGUGGAUGUGAAGAAGUGGAAUUUGAAGAGGAGGACUUGGAAAUACUGAUUCAUCGUUUUGCACAUUUUGACAUCCUAUUUGGAAAUCUUUUG